AUGCUCUUGAACAUACUCCAACGGGACGAGGCUAGGCAUGGUAUCGGGAGUAAAGUAACAUAGAUACGACGUAGAACAGAUCGGUAAAAAAAAGCCAAAAGAUGUCUCGGGGAUUUUGCAUAUUGUCAUCGUUGCAGCCUAGGAGUGAUGAUUGUGAUCGAUGUACUACUACUUCACUUCCUGCCUGGCUUCUACUUGAAUUGAAUGCCUGUAACAUCAGGCACCAAAUAUGAUGCACCGUCACGUGCCAUGGCGGGACUCACGCGUUUGCCGAUGUUUUGAUGCCUCGACUCCCGACGACAGGCGAUCUCAGCUCACCAGUCGACCAUCAACUCCCGCCACCACUUCACCUUUAUUCGAUGUCCCUAUCGUUGUCUCUCGCUAUAAUUUAGGUCGGGCCUUCUUGCCCUUUGAUCAAUUCCGCCCGAUUUAUAGUACCCAGUGAACCCGCCGUGCGAUCGCUUUGUUUACAUCACCAUGGCCGCGGCAGGCGCGAGGGCGCAGAAGCCUGUAGGCUCUGCAGCGUGGAUCUCAACCGAAAAGGAAAACUUCAUGCAGCUGGUGGAUCAGGAGAUGGAAGAAGUCGAAUACCCAGUGCGCCAUGAGAUGGAUUGGUUGAAUGAACAUAUGGCCGAGGUCUUCUCGAACAAUCAACCCAAUUUUGCAGAUGUCUUCAAGACUCCCGGAAAGUUGCGAGGCAAAACGCCUCGCACAGUUCGAAAGCGGGAUGCGAACGAGCCCCGAGUGCCCCUGAGCGAGAUUUUUUCAUCAGCGCAUAACAACGGCAAGGCAGAGAAUAAACUUGCCGCUAGCCCGGCAAUUCAGCGCUCACCAACCAAGACCCCCGCCCCUGCGACCGCAGCUCCAGCCACUACGACGGAAACCAAGAAGACCGCGGAGCCCACGACCCAACCGCAGUACCCGGAUUUGAGCCAGAACCUCAACUCCUUCCCCCAAUACAACACGGAUUCGGGCUACCAUGGCAUGCCGGAAGAGGAAGAAGAGGAGGUGGAUGAUGAUGUUGUCCUUACGCAAGUACAGACGGAGUCCCAGCCCUCCACUCAGCCCAUGGAUCAAGAGCCUGUCGCCGCCGAAGAGCAAACAAAUCAACCGCCAGAAGACCGUCGUACUACAGGGUCAUCAUUUCACUCGGCUCAGGAAGAUGUGCGCCCGCGCGAAGAAACUAUGGAGCCUGUCAUUAUUGAAUCGUCGCCCAAGCAGAAUGUUGGGACUAGUUCUCCAAAGAAGCAGCCAGUGACGAAUGAAUCAGAACCAGUUUCACAUGCAGAACCAGAAAUUGAAGACAAACCAAUGCCGGACCUGGUCCCCGCGCAAGAGCAGGAAUCAGAAUCAGAAUCAGAACCAGAACCGGAGCGUGAAGACAAGCCUGGGCUGGAACCUGAGCACGCACCCGAACCAGAACCCGAGACCGAGCAAGAACACGAGCCCGAACCAGUGCCUCAAUUUACACCCAGGCGUGAAUCCAAGCCCAAGGAGCAAUUUGCGCCAGAACCACAGCCACAGCCACAGUCACAGCCCAAGCCGUCCAAAGAAGUGGAAUCGGCUUCGCCAUUGAAGACCCCAGCCGCACAGUCCCCCGAACCUCGCAAGGAAGACAAAGACAAUGGAAAAGACGACAUGGCACUUGACAGUCUUGAUGACAUUGGCUCACCUUCGGAAGGCUCGCCCGCACGCCCUCUGAUUCGCAAGAGCAGUCUGAGUUUUGCAUCGCUCCCGGCUCGGGAGCCGCUGAUGAAGAAGAGCCUGGGCGGCUCGAGAAUUUCUCGUACAAGCCAUCUUGAUUUUGGUAAGCUAAGUAACACCACGGGAGGCUACCUGGGCAGGCAGACUGGAGGACACAGAACAACCCAGCAUGCUCUGGAGGACAGCACCGUUCAUGGUGACAAAAUGGAUGUCGAUGAUAAGAAAGAUGGAUCCGAUGAAGAAUCAGAUGCGGAUGCCAGAGCCAGCAAGCUCCAAACCAAGUCAUCUACCCAGCUCCUCCACGAGAAGAUUAGCAUGCUUGGAAAACUUCAGCCUUCGCGACCUACAAAAUCUAUUCCUUCGGUCUCUGGCUUGUCGUCCGCACAAGUGACAUAUCCCGAACUUCCCACUACCAAAUCCGAUGCCAAACAGGAAACAUCCAGCCAGAAACCCCGUGAUACCCCAGCCCCCGAACCCUCUGCUACGGAUGAUGAUUGGAUCAAGCCAUUAAAUUCGCCCUACCGGCCAGAUACGCGUGCUAGUCAGAAAGCUGAUAGCAUGAGCAAACAUUCAAGUGCUCGGAUGGCCCCAGCUGCGGAUGAAAAUCGUCAUUCCGUUGAUCGAGAAGCAGACGCUCAUGUCUCAGAGGCACCGAGGGCCAGCUCGAAACGCACUUCGGAUGCAGCUCGUGGCAAGUCGUCAACGCCAAUGUACUCAUCACCGCAGCGGCCUGGCCACCAGAAGAGUACAUCCGCAAAUAUUGACCAUCAGAUGUCGACGACUCCAGUUGGCUCGCCCGCCGAGCGCUAUGAUGGCCCAUUAAGUGCUUCUAAAUCGAGGUUACAGUCUAUCGUGCAAUCCGCCAAGGGGCUUUUUACGAACACCGGUGGUGUUGCGGCUGCCGCCAGAAUGGAAGCCGCCUCUCCGGACGCACCGAGGUUAAGGCAUAAAGGACGUUUGGACACAGAUCGCAUGGCGGGAAGCCAGCGGCCGCAGUCUACACAACCCCCGAGUCCUCCGCGCCAAGAAGGUCGCAGGACACGGAGCUCCACGGAGAGGGAGGAGAAGCGUAGGCAGAAAGAACUUGAGGAACGCCAGAGGGAAGAGGAACAAACAGAAAGAGUCCGACAGCAGGAGAAACAGAGAGCCAUGAAACUCAGGGCGACCCAGGAGAAGUCGAGUGCUGAUUAUGAAGCUCGUGCAUCAGCUGCCGAGCCAGCAGCCGCACCAAUCACGCAAAAGGUGUCCCAGUUACAGAAACCAUCCAAGGAAAUAGAGUCCACAGAACCCGGCCCCAAACUUGCCGCUCAAAUCCCCGCCUCGCAGCAGCAGGCGUCAAAGCAGACUGAUCGUCGCCCCCUCAAACCCGCCCGUGAGCUCCAGAAACCGAAACCUCAGCCUGUAUCCAUCCGCGUGGGAAGUGCACUUUCUCGGCAAAUCCCACUGGCGUCGCAAGUCUCUUCGAACCCCCGAGAAUCUAGCGUCCCUGCACCAACACCAGCCUCGGCGUCGAAACAGCCGACUCUCAAGAAGAAGGCAAGCAACUCUUCACUGCACACGGCCUCUUCGAACAGUAGCUUCAAGAGCUCUAUCUCUAGUCAGAGCCAGAGGAAAGCACAACUUGCAAGCGAGAGGAAGAGGGAGCAGGAGGAGCGCGAAGCCAGGCGUCGGGAGGAACAGAGGCGUGAGUUGGAGCGGAAGCGCGCAGCUCAGCAGCAGGAAGAAACUCGUCGCCAGGAAAUGCGCAGUCGGGCAGAGGCUGAGCGACGAGAGCGUCUUGCUGCUGAGGAUCCCAAGAAGGCUGCCCACAUGCAGGCCAUCGAGAAACGCCGGUUGGAGAACCAACGCCGACUAGAACGCCAAGGAAGCCAACAGCCUGAAGCCUCCCAACGCAGCGAGCUCGGAUCAGCUCGACCAGCCUCGCGACUGGGUUCCAUCCAGCCGUUCAACCGGUCAAUUAAUCAGCCCCAGCCUAAUCCCGCCAAACCGCCGAAGCGGGGGCUCGACGACGAGACCAGCCACCGUCCGACAGCACCAAAGACCGCCACCAUGCAGCCGUCGGGCGAGUCCAAGCGCAGGAGAACAGAAGACGAGCAAAGCCGUAUGUCUUCCAUGCGUCCGGCGAUGGCCCCGCCCAUUCGCCAAUCAAACAUUCGUAAGCCAUCCAUUUUUGGUCAUACACAACCUUCUGUCGCACAUCAGUCAGGGUCUUCGAUCUUCAAGGCGGCCCAAGCACAGCGACCUGCGCAUCCGCUGGAUAUGGCCAAGUAUGCAAGCGGCAAGAUCCCCUUCGCGGAACCGUCCAACGCACAGCCGGCUGCGCAUCGAACUCCUGCCGCUAGCUCGUCUCAGAAAGUACCGGUGAAGGAGUCGCCAAACUAUCCGAAUGGCGAGAACAUCAACCUCCCCGAAAUUGCGACCGACAGUGAGGACGAGGACUCGGAUGCGGAGAUGCUUCCCGUGCCCAAGUGGGCCCAGCCGAAGGAGUUGGAGUCUCUUCUGCGCCAGCAGGAAGGCAUGGAAGUGGAUUCUAUUUUCGGGCCUAUUGCACCCUUCUCCCUGGAGGAGACGUUCAAGUCGGACAAGAAGAUCAAGAAGUUCCGCGAACGCACCAGCAGCGCGAACUGGUCCGGAGCCGAUGGGUUGACGCAGGAGGAGAUCCGUCGUGACCUUGCCGAGCGACAGCGUUUGCGCCUGAACGGGGGUUGGUCUUUCAACUGAGGGGGAUCGCAGUUCGUUUUGAUUUUGAUUUUAUGUGUUUAUACCUCCAUGGGGCUAUAUGACUUAUCUGGGAUGUUUUAGUAUCAUUGAAGCCGUUUUCUGCAGACAAGGGGUGGGUGGCAUGGCAGGUCCGGCGUUUAUCAGAUUGAGUGUUAAAUUCUAGCUAUAUCGAGCACUACUUAAUGCAUCUAUGCAUCUUGUCCCA